GCUUGAGCAUGAACAUAGAUAUUAUUCGGCUGAAAUAUUUCAUGAUUAUGUUUUUAAGUAUCAUAAAGUAUUGAUGUUUUAGAAAUGUAGCUACACUAUUUUAGAAUAUAAUGCUAUUGACACCUGACGCCUUCUGUUGCGUAACUUGUAUGACAACUACAGGAAAAUGAUCAUAUGUCAGUGUUUGAUAAUUCAUAUUAAGCUUGAUACUAAAUCAACAAUAUCUGUACUAUCGUAUUCGAGAAAAGUCAUUUGAACAACUACCGCUUGAUUGACACGUAGAGAAGUAACUUUUAUAUAAUACUUAUUAUCACCGGUUGAUUUCUACGAAAAGAUUACAAGAACCAACAAUGUGUAUUUUAGGAAACCAUUCAGGAGUAAUCUUCAAUCAAACGUCUGACACUUUAUUUAAAACUUUGGAAACUUCUCUGUAUGUUUACAUUUUACCCGUUAUUGUGGUAACAGGAUCUAUCGGUAAUGUAGCAGCUUUAGCCAUUUUUUGGAAAGGAAAAUUCCGACAUCUUUCGGUCGGUGUUUACAUGAGGGUAUAUUCAAUCAUCAACUUGCUGAACUUGUUUUUAAUAUUUGGCCAAUCUUGGAUAGUUGACACUUUUUCGACAAACAGCAUUGAUAACUUAUCAGGUUGGACAUGCAAGGUAUGGAAUUUCUUCUACCGAGUUAUAAGCUACUCUUGUGUAUGGUUAAUCGUCGGAUUGACAGUAGACAGGUAUCUAUAUGUCUGUCAUCCACUGGAUGCCAAGAGACUAUGCACCGUUUUCCUCGCAAAAAUAGCCAUUGCUUUUAUUUUUGUUGGUUUAACCGUGGUCAGUGUUCAUGCGAUGUGGUCUUAUCUUAUAAUGGAUGGGAAAUGUAUAAUGGACCCAUGCCAGGAUUUACAUAUAACAAUAUGGCGCUGGAUAACUAUGAGUGUUUACUGUUUUGUUCCAUUUUGUGCUCUAUUCAUUUUAAAUAUUCGGUUGAUAAUAGGUGUAUAUAAACGGAAACAGAAACUCGAAAAAGCUCAACGAAACUAUGAUUUUGUAAGUGCAACUCUUGCCAUUUCGGUAAUGUACCUGGCACUUAACUUACCUGGAACAAUAACAAAUAUUAAGGAAUAUGUUGAUUGGCCGAGUUAUGUUAGUAUUGAGAGGGUAAUAUCCGACUUUUUAUCUUGUGGAAACCCGACAGCAUUUUUCUUUUUAUGUCUUAUAUUUUCAAAGACAUUCCGUAAUGAGUUAGUACUUCGCUUGAGAAAAAAAUCUAAAGUUAGCAAGCCCAUCAAUAUGAACAUGACCGGCAUUAAUAAAUACGAGUAUAUCGAAUGUGCCUCUGAAACAUUUGUCUAAUAUCAAACUGUUAUUUAAAGGUAUGUAGCUUUAUGAACUCUAAUAAAAAAAAAAUGUAAAUACUUAUUAUUUUCAAUAUUAUCAGUGUUAUAUUCAUUUUUCUUUUUCGAACAUUUUUAUUUCGUUUUCCUUGUGGAAUUGUUCAUUUACAUGUGAUAUUCGUUUUGCUUACUAAUGUUUUCUGUUUACUAACAACCACCAAUGUUUGUUUUAUUAUGUGUCCAGUACAUUAAACAAUAUUUUCUUAGACGUUCGUCUCGCCUAUAUCUCUUUGAUACUGUUUAAAGUCAAUAGAGCUGAUGUUAUGCCAGGCUCUUUGUUUUCUAUAUUUAUUAUGAAUAUUAAUAAUUAGUAUCAUUUAUGAUUUUAAUUAUUAUUUAAG